UUCCUGGGGGGUAAUAUCUCAUUCCCUUGACAACUUUGAGACUUCUCAUCAUUUCUUUAGCUUCAGCCCACUGCCUUUUCUUGCCUGCUUCCCUGUUCUUGUUCUAUAGUACAACUUCUGUGAUGGAAUCAGCUUGGGUGGAUACUGCUUUGGACCUCAACAUCAAUCCUUUCUAUCAUAGCAACAAAACUCUGAAGGGAGAAUCCAAGGGAGAAGUGGCUGAUUCUGAUGUGAAGGUACCAGUUAAACAAGAGACUGGCGUUUUGGUGGAGGAAUUGAAUCGGGUUAACGCUGAGAACAAGAAGCUAAAUGAAAUGCUAACAGAUUUGUGCGAGAAAUACUACUCCUUGCACAACCAAUUUAUGGAAUUGGUAAGCAAGAACUCUGAAAAUGAAGCUGCAACAUCAAAGAAGAGAAAAGCCGAGUGUGAGGAUUAUACCAACAUGAUUGGAUUCAGUGGAAACGAUGAGAGCAGCUGUAUUGAUGAAGAAUCAUGUAAAAGGCCUAAGGAGUGCUUUAAGGCAAAGAUUUCAAGCGUUUACUUGCGCACAGAUCCUUCUGAUAACAGCAUGAUUGUGAGGGAUGGAUAUCAAUGGAGAAAAUAUGGUCAGAAGGUGACAAGAGAUAACCCCUCUCCCAGGGCAUACUUCAAGUGCUCCUUUGCCCCAAGUUGUCCAGUCAAGAGAAAGGUGCAAAGAAGUGCUGAAGAUCCAUCAAUCUUGGUGGCUACUUAUGAAGGAGAGCACAACCACCCACAACCUUCUCCAGCUGAAUUGUCAUUUAGUUCCAACUCUAAUGCCAACCCUCGUUCAGCUCCUGUAUCUGCUCCCACCAAAUCUUCAGCUUCCGCUGUAACUCUUGAGUUGAUGCAACCAGCUGGAAUGGGCGAUGAUACCAAAAAACCAGUCCAACAAACAACAAUCCAACAGAUUUUAGUCCAAAAAAUGGCAGCUUCUUUGACUAGAGACCCGAAUUUCACUGCAGCGCUUGCUGCAGCCAUUUCAGGAGGAGUUGUAGACCAGCAUAGGAUACAAAAGUGGUGAAAUUCAACUUAGUUAGGAGAAAUACUUAGUUCUGUACUUUUCUUGGUUUAGUUGAAAAUGGGAGAGAGUGUGUCUAUUGAUGUAAAUAGAAUCUUGAAUAUAAUGUUCGUAAAAGAAAAAAAAAGAAAAAGAAGGCAAUUCUUUGCCAAAGUAGUUCAGCAGGACAGGUCAAGAAUUAAAAUUCAUGAUCCAAUGAUUGUUAAUUAGGCUGUUAUCUUAUGAAUUAAUUCCUUUCUGAACUUGCA